CUGUCCUUGAGGAAUGAGCUUCUUGUUCUUGACUCCUGCUCUCUAAAGCUCUCCUGGUCAUGCAGUUGCUAAUGAGAUCCCAAGUGCUUCGAGGCCUUUGUGUUUCCUGGCCAGUCUAUGGUUGCCUUGGCCCUCAUCCCAGGCACCUCCUUGCCCGAACUUUUUCAAGGAAAUGGGGAGACUAUGAAAUCCCCAAAGAGUUUAAUUUUGCCAGUGAUGUGAUGGAUCACUGGGCACGUAUGGAAAAGGAGGGCAAAAGAGAUCCACUCCCUGCCCUAUGGUGGGUGAAUGACAAAGGGGAUGAAAUAAAAUGGAACUUCCAAGAACUGGGUGACUUGACCCGCCAGACAGCCAACGUUUUAACGGAGAACUGUGGCCUGCAGAAAGGAGAUAAACUAAUUAUUAUUCUGCCCCGGGUUCCUGAGUUGUGGCUGUUGUCAGUGGGAUGUAUGCGGACAGGACUUGUCUUGCUACCAGGAACUAUCCAGUUAACAGCCAAAGACAUCCUCUACAGGUUGCAGUCAUCAAAGGCCAAAGGCAUUGUGACUAAUGAAACCUUGGCCCCAGUCGUGGACUCUGUGGCAUCUGACUGCCCUCAGCUGAAAACCAAAGUUCUGGUGUCCGAGAAUAGCCGGGAUGGGUGGCUGAACUUUAAGACAUUGCUUAAAGCUGCAUCUACAGACCACACUUGUGUAAAGACAAAAGUACAAGAUCCUAUGAUCAUCUUCUUUACCAGUGGAACCACAGGCUUACCCAAGAUGGCCUUACAUAGCUCUGGGCUUGCACUGAGAUCAUGUCUCCCAUCCAGCAGGCAAAUCCUGAAACUUAUGAGUUCUGAUAUCUCAUGGUGCUUAUCAGACCCUGGCUGGAUUUUAUCAUUUGUGGGAACAAUGAUAGAACCUUGGAACGCAGGAGCCUGCAGCUUCAUCCGUGACAUGCCCCAGUUCAACCCUGAGAUCAUUCUGAAGACACUCUCCAAAUUCCCCAUCACGUGCACAAUAGCUGCUUCAUCCGUAUAUCGAAUGCUUCUACAAUUCAAUAUUUCCAGUUACAAGUUUCCAACCUUGAAACAUAGUGCUGCUGGUGGUGAGAUGCUGCUCCCUGAAGAAUUUGAAAAGUGGAAAAAAGCAACAGGUCUGAAUAUCCAUGAAAUAUAUGGACAGUCAGAAACGGGACUAACUUGUGCAGUGUCCAGGGGGAUGAAGAUCAAGAAAGGCUCCAUGGGGAAAGCUAUUCCACCUUUUGAGAUGCAGAUUAUAGAUGAGAAAGGCAAUAUCCUUUCCCCAGGGACAGAAGGGAAUAUAGCCAUCAGGAUCAAACCUACUAGACCUAUCGGCCUAUUCUCUGGCUACUUGGAUAAUCCAGAGAAGACUUCCUUAACAGAACUUGGUGACUUUUAUGUCACAGGUGACAGAGGCACUAUAGAUGAAGACGGCUAUUUCUGGUUCCUUGGUCGAUAUGAUGAUGUCAUUAAUGCUUCUGGGUACAGGAUUGGUCCCUCUGAAGUUGAAAAUGCCCUGGCAGAACACCCAGCUGUGGCAGAAUCAGCAGUCAUUGGCUUCCCAGACCCAGUACGAGGAGAGGUGGUAAAAGCAUUUGUGGUCCUGACUCCGGAAUUUAGGUCCCAUGAUCCUGACAAGCUGGUUCGGGAGCUGCAGCAGCAUGUAAAGAAGGUUACAGCUCCUUACAAGUACCCCAGGAUGGUGGAGUUUGUUCAAGACCUGCCCAAAACCGUCACAGGGAAGAUCAAGAGGAAUGAACUCCGGGAAAAAAAACGAAAUGAGGCUUAAUCUGUGAUCUACUUCUGGGCUCCAGCUCAGAUUCCAUCAGAACCUGUGUCUUCAUUAAGUGGAGUCUUUAUCAGCUUCAUGCAACCAUUUAAACAAUAUUAGGCUAGAAUAAGAAAUCAGGGUGAUUGUUGUCUUCCCAGAUUUAUCACUGGCCAUAAAAAUUCAUUUCCACUUGUGAUGAUAAGUGUGCCACAGAAUGAAAUCCCCAAGUUGUAGGAUUUUAUAUUUAGUGAUAGUUGACCAUAAUAGCAGAUAAGUGGUGCAGUGGAUAAAGUACUGAGCCUAGAGUCGAGAAGACUCAUCUUCCUGAGUUCAAAUUCAACCUCAGACACUUACUAACUAUUUGAUCCUGGGCAAGUCAUUUAACUCUGUUUGCCUCAGUUUCUUUAUCUGUAAAAGGAGUUGGGGAAGGAAAUAGCAAAUCACUCCAGUACCUGGACCCAAAUGAUGUCACAAAGAAUCAGACAUGAAUGAACGAAAACAACAAAACCAGUUAAGAAAAAAAGGUUAUUUAGAUCUAUGAAUGGGAGUUUAUAAUUAGGCACCAUAUCACAGAAUCUCACCCUCUAUUCCUACCUAACUGACCAAUUGGCCAUCCUUUCAACUUAGUAUUCCAUCUCCUGCCUCUAUCUACUAUUCCCAUACCUUGGAUGUAUACCCACCUACCCUUUGCCUUAGAAUCUUUAUUUUCCUUCAGAGUUCAGCUCAGAUACUACCUCCUACUUAAAGCCUUUUUUGAUCCCCUGAGUCAUCUGCUCCUCCUCAUAUAAUCUUGUAUUUACUAAAGUGUUUUCAUCUUGUAUUCCCUAGAUCUCUAUAAGAUCCUUGAGAGGAAAAGAUUGUUUGAUUUUUGUAGACCCAGUACCCAGUACUUAAUAAAGUUUUGAGCACUGGUAGGGGCACUCAAUAUGCUGAUGGCAAUGAAAAAUUAUAAGAUUAUGAGAGAACUGAAAGAGCUCCUAGAUGCCAUAUGGUUCAAUCCCCUUUUUUUGCAGAUGGGGAAACUGAGACCCAAAGAAGUUAAUCAACUUGCCUAAAAUCACAAAAACAGUGUUAGAGGCAGAAUUCGAAUUCAAGUCAUAUGAUUCUAGAAUCAGUAUGCUUUCAACUAUGCCAUCUAGCUUCUUAGUUACUGUAUCAUUAGAUCACAGCUCUCCUAAGGUUUUUACUAUAAAUUUCUAUUUUCUAGCAUAUACUUUGCCACAUAAAGUCAAGUUACUCACUAUCUUGCCUUGCUGCCUAAUUUUUGACUUCCUGCUAGUAUGACCAUUCUCUCUAUAGUACUCAAGAAUCUCUAUUCCACUCCUUAUUUCUGAUACUGUAUAAUGUACAGUUUGAAAAAAAUCAGCCCAGAAAAGAGACUUUGCUCCUUUUGUUAGAUUUGGAUCAUUGCCUUAACUCGGCCAAGCAAGGCCAAGGGUCUUGAAAAUAAUUUUCUUAAGUUAGUGAUUAAAUGAUGCAUUUUAAUAUAUUUACAGCACUUGGAAUCAUACAUUUUGAGAUGGAAGAGACCUAAAUAGGUAUCUUGUUGAAUACACAUAUUUAGAGAUGAGUAAGAGAUUAGAGAUUUGUCCCGAUGUCACACAUAUAGUAAAUAGUAGAGAGAAGAUGAGAACUUGCCAAAUACAUUUAUAGUAUAUGAUUACCUCUGCAACUUGUAACACAUAAUUACAGUUAAGAAUUAAUCAACAUACUUGCCAUUCCUGACAAUGUAUUCCUCAGUUUAUACUCAUUGUCCAUCAUCUCUCUGCCAAAAAGAAGGAGACAUAUUUUCACCAUCAGUACCUUGAAGACAUGACUGGUCUCUAUCUGGAUUAAAAUUCUAAUGUUUUUGAAUGUUGUUUUUCUUUAUUGAAGGAAAGAACCUUUAUGCAAGGUUAUAUACAUUACUAUGAUACUAUUCUGAUUCUACUUACUUCUGCAUCAUUUCAUAUCUUUCCAAAUUUCUUUGAAUUCUUCAUAUUAUUGAUACAUUAACAUCAAAUAACAUAGUUAUUUGCAUGUACUACCUUUUACUUUUCUUUGUAUACUCAGCACAGUAUCUGACAUAUAGUAGGUGUUUUAUAAAUGCUUCUUGACUGACAACUGAAUUUUAAAGUCCAAGUUAAAUAUUAUCUUUUUCUUGAGUCUGUCUCAGGAGGAAGUUAUCUUUCUCUUCUACCUCUUAUUACUCUUUUUACCUCUUUUAGAUUGUCAUAUAAGUGUUAGCUCUUAUGACAGUCAUUUGUUUUGUUGACCCUUUCAGAAAGAACAAGUACAUUUAAAUCUUAGGUCUGAACAAUGUCCCAAACUAUAAAACUGUAUAUACCUUUGAUCCAGCAAUACCACUAUUGGAUCUGUACCCCAAAAAGAUGGCAAAAAAGGGAAAAGGACCCACAUGCACAAAAAUACUUAUAGCAGCUCUUUUUAUAGUGGUGAAGAAUUGGAAAUUGAAGGGACACUCAUCAAUUGGGGAAUGUAAUGGAAUACUAUUGUGCUAUAAGAAAUGAUGAGAAGACAGAUUUCAGAAAAACUGGCAAGACUUAUAUGAACUCAUUCUCAAUGAAAUGAGCAGAACUAGGAGAAUAUUGUACAUAAUAACAGCAAUAUUGUGCUAUGAUCAAUUAUGAUAGACUUGGCUCUUCUCAGCAAUACAAUGAUCUAAGUCAGUUCCAAAAGACUCAUAAUGGAAAAUACUAGCCACAUCCAGAGAAAGAAUUGUGGAAUCUGAAUGCAGAUCAAAAAAUAUUAUUUUCACGUUUUUAUUUUUUUGUUUUUUCUUUCUUGUGCUUUUUCCCUUUUGUUUUGAUUCUUCUUUCACAACAUGACUAAUGUGGAAAUAAAUUUAACAUGAUUAUACAUGUAUAA